CUCUCUUGAGCUGAAAGGUUCAAACUUGAGUGCAGUGGUAACGUGUGUAUCGUCAUAUCCAGAGUGGUCCAAGAUGGGAAAUCUCAACUGCUGUCCAGCAGGAUCUUGUCUAAAGUGUUUUAGACGAAAAGGAAGUCGAAGGUCAAGAACAUCGACUGCCCAUUCCAUACAGAAGGUCAGAAAAAUCCGUGUCUUGCCAAAAAACACUAUACCCCCAACAAUGGAGUCAGUUGAAGCUGCCCCUGAGCACCUGGUGGAAGAGAUAAGGAGAGACGGAGCAGAUGAGGAGGCCACACCUCUUGGCAAGGUGGACUCAAGAUCCAGUGAAAAUUUGCCCCUUGAGGAUGCAUGGGAGGAGCUUCCUGGUGACACGAAGGAUAAAGAAACUCCGGAGUAUACUGAGGUGAUCUCAAUAAGAACAGCAAGUGAUUGGGUCUUGCAGAGCAUUUCUGAUUCCAACAGUGAGGAUGAAGCCUCUUCAGAAGGCUACAAGGGAGCAUCUGAACUUUCUCUUGGGAGCAGCGAUCUGGGUCUGUCCACAUGUUCCCUUGAUGUUAACUACAGUCAAAGCCUUCAGGACAUGGAGGAGCUAGACAAAGAAGCACAGGAACUGGAUGACAACAAAAUGGAGCCCAGAAGUGGAGAGGCUGCCAUCGAGCUUGACCUGGAGAGUGGAGAUGAAUGGAUUUUCAGGAUCCACACAGACAUUUUUAGCUCCUUGGAUGAUUUUGGUGUGGAGUACUGGGACGCAGAGGAGCUGGAGUUUCCCAAGCCAUCGGAAACUUGAAGCAUACAGGAGGAGACAACUUCAGAAACAUCCCUCCUCACCAGUCCUCUGCUAGAUUUGACAUUAAAUUCUUGUCACCCAGUACUAGUGAUUUUCACAUGCUUUUAUGUCAAAGAAAAUCCAUUAUAAGAAAACACCUUUAGCAAAUGUAGAACUUAAAAUGACCAGAGAGCAGUCACCCUAGUGAAUCCCAUCACCAUUAAUGCCUCAAGAGGAAUCUAGUUUGGUCUUCACUGAAGAAAGUCACUGCCAGGUUAGCUGUUUCACUCUGUCCUUACAGUAAUGACUUUCUAGGCAUUUUGUCUCACAUCAGUUCCUUCCUCUGGAAGUGAUCAUAGGGUCCAUCUCAGAUCUCUGAAAACCCCUCUUUCAACUUAACCUGAUUAUUUGUACUUUAUAGAAAGGCCUGAUAUAUAAGGGAAAAUGUCCCCAAACUUUGUGAAUCUUGAUUUAUUCCCUUUAUAUGGAGGGUCAGUAUUAGUAUCUCUGAGAUUAUGGAGUUAUUUUCAAUGUCUACAGAAUUAUUUUCUCAGUGUGACUAGUUAGCCUUUUCUUAUGGGUCACCAUUUCAUUCAUGGGAUCAUUAAGUUUUAGAUUCUUUUGAUUUCUUUGAAUCAGCAAGUUUAGGAGUUUUUUUCCUUAUUUAAAUUUGUGUCAUUUGAGUUUAGAAUUAAAAACUUCCACUUUACUUUAACAUCAACCUUAUUUCAGAAAAAUUUGAUUUCAGACACCAAAUUUUUUUAGUUAAUUAGUGAUUGAUAUGCAUUUGAAUCCCUUAGACUAUUAAACAGGUACACAAAAGUUCAGAUUCACCUAGGCCCACAACUCCAGCAGAAAUAAGUUUUGACAAAUUCAAGCGUAUACAUCAGGCUUACCAUGAACUCUUGUGUUUGAAACAGAAUUGCCCAGGAUCACCCUUAUUGAUUUCUCCUUUGUUGUCUUUAAAUGCAUUAUCUUGGAAAUAAACUCUCAAAACAAAAGAAUUCUUUGAAAUUUCUGUGCUGAUGUAAA